AUGUGUUUCCUCCUUCCAGCCACUGAGAAUGUUUAUGAUGAGGAAGUGACAACCGAUCUCGCACAAUCGGCAAGUGCCAUCGAAGAGUUCCAUGAUCCGAGUAUAGCAUCGCUGUCGCCUAGUGCAGUGGCUGAAACUGAACAAAAUGAUCCUGGUGCUAGUAGUGGUGAUGAUUUGUGGAUGGAUCAUUAUGGUGAUAUUGACAAUGAGGUAAUGAGCUUAGGGAAAGAGGUGAAAAGAUCAGUGGACAAAAGAAAGCGCAGAAAAGUGGAUGAAUGA